AUGCGAGCCAUAAUAGCCGUCCCGGCGACCCUACUGCUAAUCAUCCGCGCCCACCGCCGCAAAUCCCUAACACCGGUGGGAAUCCUCGCCGCAGCGAUAACCGCGACGAUCCACGCUCUCCACCCCUCCCCUCUGCCCUUCACACUGCUCGUAACAUUCUUCCUACUGGGCACGACAGCGACAAAAGUCAAACACGAGGUGAAAGCCACACUCACGCUCUCCAGCAGCGGCAGCUCCGGGGGCGAAGGACCGCGGACCAGCGUGCAGGUGUUCGCGAACAGCCUGGCGGCGAGUCUGCUCGUGCUGCGGCAUCUGUGGGUGUAUGGACUGUCAACGCAGGACAAGAUCUGUUUCGGCGGGACCGAGGCCACGAGGCACGCGGAUCUGCUGCUCAUGGGCAUCAUGGCAAACUAUGCGGCCGUCACGGCCGACACGCUGUCGAGCGAGUUGGGGAUCCUGUCCAAGGGGAAGCCGCUCCUGAUCACGAGUCUGCGCGCCGUGCCGCCGGGGACAAAUGGCGGCGUGUCCGGCGCGGGACUGCUUGCGGGCAUCGGUGGUGCGGCGGUCAUUGCGGCCAAUUGUUGUCUGUUGCUGGAUCUGUGUGAUGGGCCGCGGCAGGGUGGGGAGGUAAUGUUGUUGGCGAAGGUUUUUGUGCUGUUGACGGGCUUGGGGACGGUGGGUACCCUGCUGGAUUCGUUGCUCGGCGCGGUCUUGCAGGCUUCGGUGGUGGAUCGGCGUUCGGGGAAGAUCGUCGAGGGUGCUGGUGGUGUCAAGGUGUUGACGAGGUCUGGACGCGGAGGGAGUCAGGGUGCAGCGGUUGCUCGACCUGCGGGUGGUGGCAGUAGCAGCACGGGAAAGGGGAAGGAGAAGGCCGAUCUGCAUGAGAGCCGAGUUAUCAAUUCCGGCCGUGAUGUUCUCGACAAUAACCAGAUCAAUCUGCUCAUGGCGUCUAUCGUCAGUGGGUUGGGUGUUUUUGCGGGGACGUUGCUAUGA